UAGCGAUAGUCUUCAGCGAUCUCAAGGGCUCUUCGGUUAUAUUUACAAAAAGUCUUAUCACAAACACCACUCUUCAUUCGAACUUCGAAACACAUUGACGUCUUUAAUCUGUUCUCUUGAAUUUCCAACAAUUUCCCCGGGUUCCCUCGUUAUUAUGAUAUUUUGAGCACUUAUUUUGUUUGUUUGUGUUUGUGUUUCUCUAUCGUGAUUUUGUCCUAAACAAAUGGACUGCUGUUAGAAAUAAAUUAUUAAGGUUUUAUCUAGUUGUGAAUAGUUAUCUCUUCGACUCAUUGUGCUUCCAACCUGAUUGCAGUCAUUAGUAAAAUCUUAGUCUGCUUUUAACACUUGCCUACAUAGCUAUGGAACCGCUGACCUGCUGCAUGGAAAAGUGCGAAUUCAAUAAUGUUAUAACGACCGAAGAGAAUGUUAAAUGCUGGUUAUGUGACGGAUAUGCCCAUAUCGAAUGCGCAGACAUAAGUGAAAAUAUUCGGAACUUAAUCGAAGGAAAAAAUGGUCUCAAAUGGUCCUGUGAGGACUGCAGAGUAAUAAAAUCUCAAAUGGGAAGAUUUAUGAGGCAAACGCGCAUGGAAAUUAUCGAACUCUUCAACGAAGUUCGAGCUGUCCAUGAUAAGGUUUUGAAGCUGGAAUCAGCCUUUUCAUCUCAUAUUCUAGACUCUCAAGGUCCUGCUAAUCCUGCUGAUGAUGACUCUGAUCGUGUUACAGAUCUCUUUAAAAGUUCUACAACUACCAAGGAAAAAUCUAUUUUGGAAGGGGAAACUGAAACUACCCAGGCAUCUGAUAUAAAAUACCCCUCGAUUUUUGCUGUACCUCCUAAAAAAUAUCAUAAUCCGGAUCUUAGAGUUCUACCUACUCCGAACUUCCUAAGAGCUGUUCCUCCUAUAAAGGCUUUGUUUGUCUCUAGGCUCUUGCCUUCGACUACUGAAGAUGCCCUAAAGCAUUACAUAGUUACUAAACUUUACAAUGCCAAUCCCGAUGACAUUGUAGUGCAAAAAUUCAGGAAUAAAAAAAAUGAAAAUAUAUCGUCGUUUAAGGUCCUGGUGCCUAUUCCGUUGUAUGAAAAGAUAUCUAAUCCUGGAUUUUGGCCGGAACAUAUCAUUGCGUUUGAGUUUGUGAAAAAGAAAUUCUUAAAACCCAAUAAUGAUAAUAGUAAUAAUUUAAAAUUUACUUCUGAUUAUUCAUGAUUUGAGAGGUGGAAUGUAGUUGAUUCUUACACGUGUAUACCAACUUUAAAAUUGUUUAUAAUUGUUUUUUAAUAAAAAUGAAUCACAGAACACAUUUUUUUGCCAGUUAAUUUAUCUAAGUUGGCACCUCUAAA